UCAGGACUUUGCAAUAUUAUAUUGUAGAGGGAGUCCAGAGAAUUUAUCUUAAGCUCAGGGUUUUAGCAGAGCCGCCUUUUCCUUGAAGGCGGGUGUAAAACAUACGGCCCAUGUGCCAAAAUCGGCCGGCCAGAGGGUCCAAGUGUUAAAAUUACAGAGAAGACAACUGCAAAUUGUAAAUGUGUAAAAUUAGAGAUUUGAAAUCAUUUAUAGAUCUUGAGAAGUUGUUUUGAUCAAAAACUAUUCUAUCAUUCAGUUCCAAAUAUCUAUGACUAAAUGGUGCUUUUGUAGAUACAUAGUGGUCUGUAAAUUGUAAUGCACAAGUUUAAAUGAUAAAAUGAGGCAUCAAAUUGUUGAAAUUGAACUUUUCUUAAGGAAUUGCAGGUUCGUAUUUCUUUGUAACAAUUGUUGUUCAUUAAAUGAACAUUUCCAGAAUUGUAAAUUUUUGCACUGAGAAAGUUUUUUAUAGGUUAUGCUGUGAUUUUACUGGUAGGGCCCACUUGAGAUCAAUUUGGGCUGACACCCCUGCUUAAAGUAUAAAAAUGUUAUUGAUACCUAAAGUAAGUAUUUAUGAACAUACAAAUGUCCAGAUAUGAGGCAGUGUUUAGCUUUGCGCGGUGAUGCAUAUAAAUAGUUGUAAUAUGUUCUAGAAAUAAGAAUUUAAAGACGAUGUGACUGUUUUAAAUGCAUUUGGCCAGCUAAACACUAAAUAGACUUCAUGUAUGAAGGCAGGACGAUGUGAAAACGUUCUGUACAGUGAAUUUCUUUUAUUCUGACUACACUUAAAUCCCAGAUCCUCCUCUGUGGAGCCUUGAAUAAGACAUUAAAUGACAUAUUGUGGAGCUAAAUAUGAACACAUCAUGAAAAACGACUGCAGGCAGCUGAUGAAGCCUGUUUCCAUGGUGACGCGGUGCCUCGGUAGCAUUUUCCCCCCACCGCGAGCUGCAGCCUAGCAUUCAGUCUGGACCAGUUUACCUUCUAACAUGGUCACACACCGCAUCUACGUGCACACAGCAGGGUGAUGCCGGCAGUGGGUGUUUGUAUGGCAGCUCCAACAUGAUGACCUACCAGGUAAACGCAUCGAUACCCACCGCAAAGGCUUUCAUCUCACAGGGAAGCUCGAGUUGCAGCCAGCGCGGCCCUGAUGCUUCUGGAUACCCAACAUACAGGAACUUCGGGAUGGGAGCAGGAGGAGGAGGAGGACAUGCAGCUUUCAGACAGAAUCAAAUAAGGAAAUUUCCCGUCAUACCACCCUUGAGCAAAUCCAGAGAUGGGAAAACCUUGCUGAGCGGCUUCAUAGCUGAAGGUAUGCCUAACUUAACCAAAGAUGACAGCCUGGAAUCAGAGAAUAAUGACCCAGAGAAGGACAUCUGUGGGAGGCACUUUCUGUUUGACAAAAAAUGUGCGAGGUUGGAGAGAACCAGAACAGUGAUUCCUCCACUGCCAAGAGACUACCAUGUGCACCGCACUGGUAACCUGCAUCCCUUAAGCCUGUCCAAGGAGCUUUCCCACAGCCAUGCAGGGCGGCCCUUCACCCUGGGCUACCCUGAAAGAUACGAACUGAACACGAAUCCAGCCAUCCUCUUUCCAUCGACUUUAGUCCUCAACGGCAGAAACACCUUCUCAGUUAAGAACUGCACGCUCAGCAGGCCUAAGGUGAACUAUCCGACCUUCAACCUACCGACUGUUAAAGACAAUCAGAAAAGCCAGAUCUAUCCAGACCCAAUGGUCGGAGCCUCUCGCUCUUUUAUCCACAGGAUAUCUGAGCUGUCCUCUUUGGAGGGCGAGACGGUGAGACAAGAAAAGCUCAAGAAAAUGCGGAAACCUAAAAAACCUCCAUCCUGACAAUCACCUCCUUCUGAGUCACGCUGGUCGAGGAUAAAAACCUCUGAGUCUGUGCCAACGACCGAACAAAAUAAAACACUUAGUGCACCGUGUUCAUUUCAGUGGCUCGUUCUAACUGCUUGUUUGUCCUCGGUGAUAUUAGUUUGCUGCUUAACAUGGCUGGUCUUUACAUUCUGGGACUCCUGACCUGAGCUCUUCUCUUUUAGUGAUUACAUGGAGUAUGUACUCUGAUAAGCUGCAGUGUUUGCUACAACAAUAGAUGUGGAUGAUGAAUAUUAAGUAACUUCUUCUCUAGUCUGACUCACAGCUGUCAGUGCUUCUCCACUAAACAUCUGCAUGAAGAGAUGUCUAUCUUUCUAAUGGCUUUUAAUGGCUGUUAUGAAGUGCUGCCAUAUUCCUCUGUCUAUCAUAAGUAUGUUGCAGAUGCUGUCCCACAUAAAACAGAUUACAACAAUAUUCCAGACAUUUCAAACAUAUAUUUAAGCUUCGUUAAGUUAGUGAAAUACUUCUGUACAUAUUUGAUAGUUUAGCAAAACCAUUAUUGUGCCUUGUUAAAUGUCUUCCUGAAAUUAAAUAAUUUUAUUUUUGUUAUUUUAAGGA